AUGGGAGAUAUGGUGGUACCGGGCGAGCGAACGCGCAAGUCUAUGGGCAGCAGCGCCGGUGGGGUCGGCGGGGGAGGGGUGGGUGUCGGGGUGGACGCGGGAGGAGUCCGACUGGAGGGCGCGCGGGGCCUCCCGGAUAAGAAGAAGUUUCAGAGAAAGAGCGUUUCUUUCACCGGGGAAGAGGGCUACCAGCUCCUGGGCAGCGAGCAGAGCGUCACCUCCCUCUCAAAGGGGGCUGUAUCGGCGGGCGGUACCGGAAAAAUUACGUCACCUGUAACCGUGGCCCCAGCCUCGACGUUUUUCCUUCGUGCGAACCAAGCGACGUCUCCCAUGGUGACACCUCACGCGGCGUACGCAGCGUUUGCUAAGAACAUUCCCCCACACCCCUCUUCGGCGACGGCGGCGGCGGCGGCGGUGGAGACCGCGGUUUCACACCCCGAACCCAGAGCGGUAGCCUCAAGGCCCGGUGGCGGCGGCGGCGCUGGCUAUGUCUACACCUCGUCGUCCCAGGGGAUGUUUGUUCCGAGCGCGGCCGAAAGCCCGACCACCGCAAGCGUGACCCCGCCGCAGCAGCAGGCGGGGCCGCCGCCGCCGCCGCCGACUGUUGCCGCCGCCACCACUCCCGCAACCGUCGAGACUGCUGCCAGCCGGGAGCCACAGCGGAGCGUCAGCGGUGGCGGCGUAGCGCGGGAGACGCCGCCGUCUCCGACGCCAGAGCAGACGACCACGGACGCGAGCGCUCACGAGAGCGGAGGCGGCGGCGCAGCAGCGGCGGCGGCGGCGAUCAUGGCGAGCACGGGAGGUGCUGAUUCACGAGAGGGAAGCCAGGCUGCGUGGGAGCAGGGCGCGGACGAAGCGGUUCAGCGCCGCGUGUCGGGCGAGGAGGAGAGCGCUCGCUGCCGGCGGCCGCAGGAAGUGGGCGACCCGGCAAGGGCUGUCGACGGCGGGGAAGGCGAUCGGUCUGACAGCGGACGUCACGAUGUACGGCGAGCCUUGCCUAGCGGAGGAGAAGGAAGAGAAGAAGGCGGAGGGGGAGGAGGGGGGGGGGUGGUCGCCGGGUUGAGGGACCUUGAACAGACCCCGCCAUCGUUGUACGAGGAUGUCAUCGACACGGAGGUCGGGGACGAGGGGGACGACGACGACGACGACGACGACGACGACGAUGACGACGAUGUUUACGAGCUUGUCGACGACGUUGGUGAAGGCUCUCCGUACCGUGACGACAACAACGGCGGUGGCCUCGAACCCGAAGGCCGCGAGGCCGGCUACAGCCCCGGUGGGACGCCCGACAGAAGCAGCGGCGAAACUCCGGGGCAGCGGCAGCAGGAGCGGCCGCAGCGGCAGGAGUCUUCGCCUUGGUCUGCCGUUCCCGAGUCGGGCGGAACCGGCCCGGGGACCCGCUCUCGCGGGAAGCGAAGCAAGUGGGACAUCGGGAACCGUUACAGGUUUAUCCGCACUCUGGGCCGCGGGUCGUACGGCGAGGUGGCGCAGUGCGAAGACCUGAAAGCGGGAGGCCUCGUCGCUAUCAAGAGAGUGCUCAACGUCUUCAACAGCGAGGCGGACGCGAAGCGCAUCUACCGGGAGAUGUACAUUCUGCGGCACAUUAGGCACAAGGAGAUCAUACACCUGAGGGACGUCCUCAUGCCGGCCGCCUACGAGAACUUCAGAGACCUCUACCUGGUCUUUGAGUUUGUUGAUACCGAUCUGUACAAGCUCAUCGGAUCGCCGCAGUUCCUGACUGACGAGCACGUCAAGCUUUUCCUGUACCAGAUGCUCAUCGGCCUGAAGUAUGUCCACAGCGCGCACGUCAUCCAUCGUGAUAUCAAGCCCGCGAAUGUUCUGCUCAACGAGGACUGCACGUUGAAGGUCUGCGACUUCGGUCUCUCUCGAGUGGUCACACAAGAGCCCUCCACCGACCCAAAUCCUCCUGCAGCUAGCGUUGUCGUGUCCGCCAAGUCCGGGAAGCUCGCUUGCUCGCCGAUGAAGCCUUCCGCCGCGAUAGCCGCGGCCACGUCUCACGCAGCAGCGCGGGGGGGAGAGGGCGGCGGUGCCGGGAGCGAGGACGACCCCCCUCCGGAGCCACGGAGAAUACUCAAGCGACAGCUGACGAAGCACGUGGUCACUCGCUGGUAUCGGGCCCCAGAGCUGAUCCUACUUCAGGACUACAACAACGCCGUCGACAUGUGGUCUCUCGGGUGCAUCCUGGCCGAGCUCCUGAGCAUGCAGAAGGAGAGCUUCCCAACGUCGCAGGAGCGCAACGCGCUCUUCCCGGGCAAGAGCUGCUUCCCUCUCAGCGCGGAGAAGCCCUCCUCCUACUCUGACGCGCUGGACCAGCUGAACGUGAUCUUCGACGUCAUCGGGACGCCUUCGCGGGAAGACAUCCAGGACUUGGGCGAAGUUCGGCAAUACCUGGCCAGACUCGCGUACAAGCCCCCCCUAGACCUGCGGCACAAGUACGCCGGGGCUUCCCGGCUGGCGCUGGACCUUCUCUCGCGCAUGCUGCGGUUCGACCCCUCGCGAAGAAUAACGAUCGACGAGGCGCUAGAGCACCCGUACCUGGCGUCUUGCCGCAAGCCCGAGAAGGAGGUUACGGCGAGAGUGCCCAUCACCAUGGAGUUCGAGCAUAACACCACAGACAAGGCUACCUUGAAGCGCCUGAUCUACGAAGAAGUGCUGCACUACCAUCCGGAGGAGGCGGCUCGUCUCCGGCUCGCUUCCGCCGCUACUCCUGUCGCCUCGGCCUCGGCCACGGCCGCCGCCCCCGGUAAGGGCACCGCUGCCGCGGCUGCUGCUCCUGCUGCUGCUCCUGCCGCAACCAUGCCGUCGUCCUCUUCGUCGAAACGGUCGAGGGAUGAUGUUGCCGAAGGCGGCUCCGCCGCUUUUCACGGUUCCGCUACGGUCAAGAAGCGCCCAGGGGGCGCCAUGAUCGACCACCAAGAGCGCGGGCAAAAGCGCCAACGGCUCGGGGGGACAGGGGCUCGGCCUCCAGAGCCGGGUGCGGCCGGGGCGGCGGCAGCGACCGCUUCCUCUGCACUCGGCCACCACCACGUCCAUGCCGCCGCCGCCGCAGCCGCCGCCGUUGUCGCUGCUGCAACCGGGCCGGAGCUGGCGCCGGGGGCGGGAGAGAGCGACGAAGAUGGCCAUUACGAAGACGACGGCCUCGCCGGCGGCGGCGGCGGCGGCGACGGCGGCGGCACAAUGCGAUCGAGGCAAGUCCGCGAUGCCGGGGAUGAGUUGCCACCCGUCCCCGCCGGCGGCGGCGCGUUUCCUGCUUCACGUCCUAGUGCUGUUGGCGCUUCCGGCGCGCCGAGAGGCGGGGAGGACGGCUACGAUCGUCCCAGCGAGCGACCGAGGGGGGUUCAUGGUGAUAUGCCGCCAGUGGAAACCCUGCCAUGUCUCGGCAGCGAAUGA